GGCCUUCAAAAAUAAAAUGUAAUUAUGAUUUUACUUCUUACUAUGUUUGGGUUAGUAAGAAAUGAAGAUGAGGUAAAAAGUAACUGCAUACAAAUAUUAAUGUGUAAUGCGCAGAGAAUUGAAAAUAAAAAAAUCAUCUUACAGCGCUUCACAUUUACAAAUAUAAAACCGAAGCUAAGAAAAGACACUUCCACUCAAACAUGCAAGAAUGUCACCGCGUUAGAUUAACAAAACAAACCAGCUGGCAUCUGCAAGCAUGCUUUUCUCAGAACUAGCGUUAUCUUUAUUCUGAACGGUAAGGGAGAGGAGGAUAAGAUGCUUCGGCUGCAGGUGUCAUGCAAUGAUAUAUUUGGAGGAAGUCUAACAUGGCUCACCGAGCGGCAAGUGUUAAACAUUUGUAAAGCUAAAAACGUGUCUGUCAAAUGUGCAAGGUGUGGUAUGACGGCAAAUAUAAAAAAAAUAACCAGUCAACCAGACAAUACUAAAAAAUGAGGGGAAAAAAGUUACUAGAGUUACUUUUUUAACAAGAAAUUUAAGGGCUUUUUUCUAUUUCAAAAAAGGCAUGUUCUUCGUAAUUAUUUGCGAAAACUUUCCACACCAUGUUUUUUAGUGCGCUUCGAGACGCGUGGUGUUGUAGAGAAAGAUGACUUCCUGUAGGGGGCGGCAGUGCCACAGCCAUCAUGUGCUUCUGGCGCGCACGAAGAUAAUACUUUUAUCCCAUUAUAUAAAUGUCGAAUUAAUUUUACGACGUUUAAGUCAUCACGUUUCAGGGUUAGGAUAGGACUGUAUGGAAAUCUAGAAUCAGAAGGUGCGAAAUAAAUAAAUAAAUAGAAAAAAAUAGCCGUUAAAGUUGUCCAAAUAAGGUUCUUAUCGAGGCACGUUACUAACUAAAAAAAGCUUGAUAUAUUUACGUUAGGAAAUUUACAAAACAUCUUCAUGGAGCGCGAUCUAAUGAUUUUUAUCUUUGGCAUAAAAGAAAAAUCGAUCAUUUUGACUCAUGCAGUGACUUGCUAUAAAUAUACCCCUGCUGCUAAAAACUGGUUUUGUGCUCCAGGGUCAUGUUAAAGUGCGAUUUGUUGUUAUAACUAUCACUUUGAGGACUAUUAUCCUGCUUGGUGGAAACGUCCCCGCUGACGUCACCGCGUACGGCGGGACUACAACUACCGGAGCGUCACGAGCGAGUCCGUGCUAGCGCGCGCGUUAACGUUACUCCUCUCCUCGACCGGGAGCACGGCAGCUCUCCUAACUCAACCCCGUCAGCCGGGAGCGAGCGAACGCCGUCGCUCGCUUUUCUCCCGGAAAGCCCCGUCGAACCGGCUGUUUCCCCCGAGUGCCGUUGCACUUCCGGGUUUCGAGCAAGCGUCUUUUCCCGAGGAUCAGCUGUGAUGAUUGAAUGAGCAAACGGAGAGGAGCGAGCGACUCCCGAAGGCUGUGCUCCCGGUAAUCGCAGCGUGGCGGGAUAAAGCCGCUUCCCCCGAAGGUUGCCUCUCAUCUCCUCUCUGAGGAAAAGCCGCUGUUAUCAUUCUGAAGAGAUGUCAACGGUGACUCAUCCCGCCGCUCUGAUAUAGCGCGCCUCCUUCUUGCGAGUUGUGCCGGAUCCGUAACACUCGGUUGAUAUUGUGAUGAAGGUCCGCUGAGCUCGGAGUCUCCAUCCGGACUGCGUUGUAUCGGGAGGUUGUCGCGCUUUUCCGUAUUUUGCGCGUCCCGCCGGCUGGAGGGCGACGCGCACGCGAGCGCCCGGGCGGUUUUUCUUGAUUUCAUGAGUGUUAAAGUGUCGCCGGUUGGACGAUGAAGAAGUUCUUCGACGCCCGUCGGGAGAUGGCGAGCUCCGGACCCGCGUCUGGAGCCGCUGCGGGGGGCGGCGCGGGGUCCGGCGCGUUUAUCGGACGCGUUUUCUCCAUCGGACGGUAUCAAGUGACCGUGGAGGAGACCGUAGCGGAGGGUGGUUUCGCUAUCGUGUUUCUGGUGAGGACCCAUCAGGGCGUCCGUUGCGCGCUCAAGAGAAUGUAUGUCAACAAUGAACAUGACCUUCAAGUAUGCAAGAGGGAAAUUCAGAUUAUGAGGGACCUCGUGGGUAACAAAAACAUCGUUGGGUUUAUGGACUCCAGCAUCACGGCAGUAGGUUCAGGAGACGUUUGGGAAGUUCUCAUAUUGAUGGACUUCUGUCGAGGUGGGCAGGUUGUGAACCUGAUGAACCAGCACCUGCAGACUGGAUUCAGAGAGCCGGAGGUGCUGCAGAUCUUCUGUGACACGUGUGAAGCCGUCGCUCGGCUACAUCAGUGCAAAACUCCCAUCAUCCACCGGGACCUUAAAGUGGAGAACAUCUUGCUGCAUGACAGAGGACAUUAUGUCUUAUGUGAUUUUGGCAGCGCUAUCAACCGCUCCCAGAAUCCACAAACAGAAGGUGUGGCGGCUGUAGAAGAAGAAAUCAAGAAGUACACUACUCUUUCAUACCGGGCCCCAGAAAUGGUCAAUCUAUAUGGAGGCAAAGUUAUCACUAGUAAAGCAGAUAUAUGGGCUCUGGGCUGCUUGUUGUACAAGUUGUGUUAUUUCACAUUGCCGUUUGGAGAGAGUCAGGUGGCCAUCUGUGACGGCAGCUUUACCAUCCCAGACAACUCCCGCUACUCACACGACAUGCACUGUCUCAUCCGUUAUAUGCUGGAGCCAGACCCUGACAUGAGACCAGAUAUCUACCAGGUGUCAUACUUGGCCUUUAAACUGGCGCGGAAAGAGUGCCCAGUACAGAAUAUCCACAAUUCAAUAAUUCCAACAAAACUCCCGGAGCCAAUCAGAGCGAGUGAAGCCGUGGCCAAGAAGAGUCAAAACAAAGCCCGGCUCACUGAUCCAAUCCCUACAACCGAGACGUCCAUAGCACCACGGCAGCGGCCCAAGGCUGGCCAAGCUCAACCCAUCGCAGGCAUCCUGCCCAUCCAGCCAGCCCUCACUCCUCGUAAAAAAGCCAACGCACCUGCAGGACACGGCCAGCCAAUCGGUGUUAACAUGGCUUCCCAAUCACAGGUUCCUGUCGCUCAGCAUCAAGCCACGCCCACUCCAAUGCAGGCCACUCCCUCUCCACCCCAGACCACACCCCAACAUGCACAACUUUUUGUGCAGCAGCAAAACACAGCCUUCUUUACUGCUCAACAGCAGCAGCACUCAACGCAGACCUCUGUCUUACCUGCUCAAACGGUUGCAUCAUCCUCCACCCCUGUUUCUACACAGUCUAAGCCUAAGAACAGGGCACCCCCUCCGCCCAUACACCACCCUCAAACCAACCGUCUCGCAUUAUCAUCAGCCCCACAGACAAAAACCAAAGCAACGGCCCCGGUCCCGCCUACAGAGUGCUCACGUAGUAACAGUAUAGAUGGCGAUAUCACUGCGACCUUGUCUGCCCAACCUAAAACCAAAGCUAUGGCACCUCCACCCCCCACAUCACACGCCUCCACCCUCCCUCCACCUAAAACCACCUCAGCACCAUCCGCUGACUCUGAAGUGGACCCAGAGCAGAGGUCUGUUGGCGGAAGUCGUGGAGUGCAUAAAGUCGGCUCCUUGACUCCACCCUCUUCUCCCAAGACCGCCCCAAAAGGAGGCCACAGACGAAUUCUGAGUGAUGUCACACACAGCACCAUAUUUGGAGUUCCUGUGAGCAAGUCCACUCAACUGCUUCAAGCUGCUGCUGCAGAGGCCAACCUCAACAAGUCCAAGUCAGCUAGCACCACUCCUUCUGGUUCCCCAUGUUCAUCACAGCAGAGUGUUUAUCAGUCAGGGGAUGCUUCGGGACCCUCGGUUGGAGCCCCUGCAUCCUGGAACCCCUUCGGCGAUGACAAUUUCUCUAAACUCACAGCGGAAGAGCUACUCAACAAGGACUUUGCCAAACUGGAUGCUAACACAGCCGAGAGAUCCUGCCCUGAAAAUCUGAUUUCUGGGUUGCAGUCCACGUCUUCAAAUAAAGGCUUUCUCCAGGGAGGAGAGAAGUUGAUCGAGGGUUUGAAGUCUCCAGAGCCCUCUUCCUCCCUGAUUCUCCCUGACCUUCCCUUGAAUGACCCCUUCAGCCCUGCAGACUGUAGUCAUGCUGGGAUGGAUUCUCUAAUCCCUGGUCUGGAUCCUCUACAGACUGAUCCUGGGUCAGCUGCACUACCAGAAUCUUUGGUUGGACGGGAUUCUCUCUUGGACGGGCCUCUCCUCUCCCACCCCUCCACUGGGGGUCUGAUACUGGCCUCUUCCCCCUCGUCUCUCCCCACACCAUCUACGGACCACUUUACCUCUUCUGCUUUGAGUAGCGGACAGUUCCACCAGGCCACUGAUCCAGCUCUCCAGGCUCUCUCAGGCUUCCAGUCCUCUGAGACUGGGGACCAAAGCUCCGAUAACCAGUUUGACCCAAUUCCAGUGCUUAUCUCCAAAGGCUCCAGCCAAGGUGGUCACUCGCGCAGCAACAGUGGCAGUUCUGAGACCAGUCUGCCCUCGCUGGCACGCUCCCUUCUGCUGGUGGACCAACUCAUCGACUUGUAGAGGAUACAGAGAGAGGCAGAUGAAUAGAGAGACAGGGAGAGGGCAGCGUGCAAUUCUUACAUUUACAGCGAGAGCUUUAAAACCUCAAUCUGAAGCAGUCCCAUAAACCCUGUCCACCCUCGCACACAUUUCCCUUUGACAUUCUUUUCACAUUUGCCGUAUGUCUCUCUUCUGCUGAACCAUAAACAUUCUCAUCAACUCUAUCAUCGAUUUAUGCUUCAGGAUGUCAAAACAUGGCAGCCGGUGAUUAUUUAUGUCAACUUUGGAAAUACGCGGGACGGCAAGCCGAAAGCCACAGACACGUAAUUCUUUGUCUUAAAUCGUGUGGCGUUUCAAAAUAAAACUGACGAUUGAACGAGAAGGAAUGCAGGAAGGGAUCUGAUUCGAUCCACUUCAUUUUAAAAGUUUGAGGUUGGUAAGAUUUGAGUGUUUUCAAAAGAAGUCUCUGAUGUUCACCAAGGCUGCAUUCGUUUGGUUAAAAUAAUAAAGUAAAUACUGCGAAAUUGUGAAAUGUUAUUGUGGAUGAGCUGAAUUUCUCCAGAUUGUAGGGUCAAAUUAUUUAACACGCUGAUUUGCGCAAUAAAACGAUUGCUGUCAGUAUCGAAAACACAAGAAAUCAUUUAUAAUUGAAUAGCUAUUAAAUAAACCUAUAUUGCAUUUGAUUAAUUAGCAUUUUUGCAACAUGUGAACUUGCAAAGAUUUUUUAAAACAUCGCAUUACUGCGUUGUUACCACAUUUACUUAAGAUACUUAAGAAAUUUAGAAAUUAAAAAAUUUCAAAUUAUAUAUAAACUACAGCAUACUCAGCGUGAUUUAAAAAAAUAAAUAAAUAAUUAAAAAUAUAUAUAUAUAUAAUAUAUAUAUAUUUUUUUUUUUUUUGUGAGAAUUUAGUUUGUUUAGGAUAACUAUUUGACGAAUCCAAACGUUUUUGUUACAUGCAUUUCUUUUUCGCUUAUGAUCAAUUAAUUGCUUCCUUGCUGAAUAUUACUUUCAAAAAAGAAAAACGAUCUUUCUGACCCCAAACUUUUGGAUGAUACUGUAAGUUUUUGUCAGGUACUACCCAACACGAGUCUGACACUGCAGGUGUGUUGUUGGUAUCAAACCGCAGCACUCAAAAAGCUGAUAGCUACCUUAAAAUGCCAGUGCCAUUAAAACAGAACCGGAGUGUUCGCGUGUGCUUAUAUGUGACCCUGGACCACAAAACUAGCGUUAGUGUCAGUUUUACGAAUUUGAGAUUUAUACAUCAUCUGAAAGCUGAAUAAAUGCUUUCCGUUGAUGUGUGGUGUGUUAGGACAGGACAACAUCUGAGAUACAGCUAUUUGAAGAUCUGGAGCGUGAGGCCUUUAAAGUCAAGUUCUUGGCAAUGCAUAAUACUAAUCAAAACUGUAAUUAUAAUAUAUUUAAGAUAAGAAAUGUACAAAAUAUCUUCGUGGAACGUGAUCUUAAUAUCUUAAUGAUGUUAAAUGGAAAUGAUAAUGUUUACCCACACAAUGUAUAUUCGGCUGUUUCUACAAAUAUAACACCAGCGAUUGUGGUCCAGGGUCACGUAUGUGUUGGUCCUUGAAAGCUGUAAAGUUAAAAUGAUCAGCAGUCAAAUAUAUGAAGUGCUGUAAAUGAAAAGCUGCCAUCAUUUUGUUCCUCUGUGAUGUGCUUUCAUCCCAUCGUUUAUUUAUUAGUCGUUCCGUCUCUUCUGCUUCAUUCGUUUCUUCUUUAUACCCCAUGCUUCUUUUUCCUUAGCUUUUUGCUAUGAUUACCGUGCCCUGUGCUGCCCCCAUACUACACAUUCAAUGUUUAUCAUGUAAAGACACGUAAAGGGUAAAUGCACUAUGUAGAUGAAAAGAAAACCUAAAUCAUAUUGAGGGUGAAUCAGGCUGCGAUUUGUACAGGAUGUUUGUACAAACUGAGAAUCUGUAUAAAUGUAUUAUUCUCAAGACACGUGUAAUAAGAGUAUUUAUCUGUAUGUUAGAGCACAAAGUUCUCGUCACGUGUUUCUGGAGGCUGUUUUGGAUAAACUUGAAUACACGGAUAGCGACUAUCAGAGUUCUGCAGUUGUGAAAAGAUCCAGCAUUCAUCCAUCAAGCUUGAAACGAUACAUAAGCUGUUCCAAAAACCUCAUGAGCUGCGCCUGUAGGCGGCAUUUAAGGCAUUAUUUAUUUUUAGCCAUUACCUCCUCAAACACCAACCUCUAUUUUGAGUCUUAACCUCUUUAAAACAGAUAUACGUGUUUGUAAGUUUUCUUGGUUAAGACUGAGCCUAUGACGGACUGCUCUUCCUGAGGUCUCGUCUACUGCGUGGCGUUCACCAGACACCAGAGAUUCAAAUAAAACGAUGAUUCGUUCUUGAGUUACUGCCGGAAAAUAACUAGCUGUCGAAAAACUGUUGUUCAACAGGCAAUGCAGAUUUUUGGGAAAGUGUUAAGGUUUGAAAAGUCAUUCCAGCAAUGAGUAAUAUUUCUCUUGGUUCUGAUUUGUAAGUGAUUUGUUCAAUUGAAUCAGUGUUUCGAACUGGUUCCCAACUGGAGCGCGUUUCCCAAAAGCAUUGUUGGCCAGCUACGGUUGCUAGUUAAGUUUCCUAAAACCGUAUAUUGUCGUUCCAAAGAAUACUCUUUGCUUUUUGUAAAUUUUUGUAGUUGCACCUACUACUGCUCUUGAGUCUUGACCUGUGGCUAGAAGCGUGACAAAAACCCCGAUCACACCAAGCACGAUAACUACUAAAAACCACUCUCAAUAUGAAACGAUAGCAGAGUCCACGCCACAGCUGUAACGAUAACUGUAUCAUUUUCAGAACAAUUUUUCCCAGCUGAUGAACGAUACGAACAUCGACGGCCAAUCAGAAUCCAUCCCGCAAUAGCUGCGUGGACGCUAAUGUGGUUAUCUUUGUAGUUAUCAUUUUGGUGUGAAUGUGGGUUCAAUCAACAAAGCAAACUAAAACUAGUCAAUAGUCCUCAGGCGCCACGUACGUUAUGGCGGCAUUUCUGAAAAAUUACGAAGUUGAGCGAACUGCUAACUGAAUAGCCGCGUAUUGAAAUAAAGCUAGUUGCCGCAGUUUAAAUGCGAUUUAAAAGUGAACGACUUUCUGCUGUGUAAGUGAUCUGUAAUAAAACAUCACUAAAUUAGUAGAUGUUACUACUGGGCGUGACGUCAUUAACAAACGUGGUUGGAACGACAGAGGCGCCAACAGGAGAUGGUAGUAAACGGUGAUAAAUCAGCAAAACGGAUGUUUUGUGGGAAACGCACCCCUUAAAGAUCAUCUGCUGUCACCUGAACGAAUCAAAUAAAUUUUUAGUAGUGCUGUAAGACAAUUAAUCACGAUUAAUCGCAUCCAAAAUAAACGUUUUUGUUUAAAUAAUACUCUCUUAAAAAUAAAAGUGCUUCACGAUGCCAUAGAAGAAACUUGUUGUCUAAAUGGUUCCGUAAAGAACCUGAAAAGGUGUUUCACAAAAGGUUCUUUGUGGAACCAAAAAUGGUUCUUCCGUGGCAUCUCUGCGAAGAACCUUUUGAAGGACCUAUACUUUUAAGAGUGCAUAUGAAUGUGUACUGUGUAUAUAAGAAAAAAUGUAUUAUGUGUACAUGCUAAAUAUAUUUAGAUAAUAAAAUAUAAUAAUAUACGUGUAAGUAUUUUCUAAACGUAUACUGUAUGUGUGUGUAUUUGCAUAUACAUAAUAAAUGAACACAGUACAUAUACAAAUGUAAACAAACUUUUAUUUUGGAGCACUAAAAUUUAGUUUUAUGGAAAAAAAUGUAUAGACAUUCAUUGUCGAAAUGAAAUUUCUAGAAUGCAUCUUUAUUCCUGUAAUACAAUCUAAUGAUAAAAUUAAACGUACAACAUUGUAAAUUGAAAUUAAACUCCUGUUUUACUCCGUAUGCACUUACAUGAAAAUCUGAUAACAGAAAUGGUUAUUAUACUUCAAGUUACCUUUUUGUUAAUGGGCUGAGUGGGUAGAGUUAAAUAUUUCAAAAUGGUGAAAUAUACCAGUCUUAUCACUACCUUAAAGCUGCAUUUAUCAGCACAUAUCAAAUAUAAAACCAUAUAGAGCUCUAUGUAAGAAAAUGUCUUUCCGUACUAUAUGUGUGACGUUUGGGUUUUCGUAAUUAGUUUUAUCUGGAAUAAAAAAAGAUCAUUUCUUUUGCGACGUAACGGCUUAUAGAGUAUACUUUUUUUGUUAAAUGCUAAAACUGUUUUAUUUUGAGUCAUCGUUUUCUUUGAAGCUUGUGCUAAUGUUGCAUCGGUGGAACUUUGUACCGUAAUGUUACUACCCGACCUCGAGAGAAAAUUUCUGAUUUUUUGAUUUCAACGAUUCUGUAUGAGUUUGCAACCUGCCGUAAAAAAAUGCAAGGUGCGAACUGUUCCAAAAUGUACGAAUGAAAUUUUACAAAUUGGCAUUUCAUAGUUAUGAAUUGUCACGAGUUUUCUGUUAUCGAAUCCUUCAUUUUUCCUCCCUUCGCUUGUUUUAAUGUGGCUGACCUAUGCAAUCUGACUGUAGUGCUCAUGUUACUCUACUUAGUCUGAUGUCUGUCUUGUGUUGUAGUGUGUAUUAGAGCCCGUGCCAGGAGAAAAUAAUGACAACAGUAACAGCAAAAAUCGUAUCUAUACUGGAAUGCCAUGGUUUUAUCAUAUGUUAUCAAGAGCCGCAAUCUUUCUGUUCUUAUGCGAUUUAAUGAAAAUUCUGAAAAGAAGGAUAUUAAAUAAAAGUGUAGAUGGGAAAAGAUA